AGCGACGAUUAUGAACAACUGACCGGACUUAUGCUCGGGAUGUUCAUCAUCACAAUCAAUGUGCUCGAGCGAAUGGCCGUCAGUGUACUCAGUGACGAGGUAGAGUGCGUCCCAGACCGCGAUACACUCGAUACCUUCACCCUCACCAAACAUAAGGCUGUGGAGCGCAUAGACGAGGCACAGCAGGUGACUGUGAGUCUCUACGCCAAAAUACGCAAUUCGAAGUCAUACACCCGCCCGAAUCUGGAAGGUAUGGUUUGGCGAGAUGUGCGAUGUGAGUUGUGCUUCUGCCUGGUGUGUGGAUAUUCCAAAGCGUUUGGGUAUCGGUUUGUACUGGCUGGAUACCGCUUGGUUGCCACUUUGUCUCUGAUGGUUACCUCUGGUUCUUUAGUUUAA